AUGUUCAUCUCCGCGUUCUGCGGCGUGGCGUUCGCUUACGAUUGUUCGACGCCGUGUCAAAACCCCACGAACACGUCAUACGUCGUUCCUGCCUGCACCCAAGCCUGCAACAACUGCGUGGCGUUGACCUCUAGUGGCUGUGGUACUUAUUUCCAGCCCUACUGGGUCGGUGUGACCAAUGUUGCUUCUGGCCAAACCGCUCAAACGUACCAGGGAGCUACCUGCAGUCAGUCCUGCAGCAGUGGUCUCGAGUGGUGGGCCUGGCUGCUCAUUAGCUUCGCUAUUCUCUUUAUCUGCAUUGGCAUUGGCCUGUGCCUCUACUCAUCCAUGGCGGCUUUCAACGAGGAUGAUAUAUUUGACGACGAUGGUGGGAUCGGCGACGAGCUCGCGUUCAUGAGCGCGGACGAUAUCAUUCGCCGAUCUAGGUUGCUCGAUAACGAGAUUCGCGUCCUCAAGGACGAGUCGCAGCGCGUGCAUCUGGAGCACGAGUCCAUGAAGGAGAAGAUCAAGGAGAAUCAGGAGAAGAUUAAACUCAACAAGCAGCUGCCGUACCUCGUUGGGAACGUUGUCGAGGUCCUGGACGUGAAUCCCGAGGACGAGAGUCCCGAGGACGGAGCGAAUCUGGACCUGGAUUCUCUACGCAAGGGCAAGUGCGUGGUGCUCAAAACCUCCACGCGCCAAACCAUCUUCCUGCCCGUCGUCGGCCUCGUGGACGCAGACGCGCUCAAGCCGGGCGACCUGGUGGGCGUCAACAAGGACAGCUACCUCAUUCUUGACACGCUGCCUGCCGAGUAUGACUCGCGAGUCAAGGCCAUGGAGGUGGACGAGAAGCCGACAGAGGAUUACAGCGAUAUUGGCGGGCUGGACAAGCAGAUUCAAGAGCUGGUGGAAGCGGUGGUGCUGCCAAUGACGCACAAGGAGCGGUUUGCCUCGCUAGGCAUCAAGCCGCCCAAGGGAGUGCUUCUGUACGGCCCUCCCGGCACCGGCAAGACGCUCAUUGCCAGGGCGUGUGCCGCUCAGACCAACGCCACGUUCCUUAAGCUCGCAGGGCCGCAGCUCGUUCAGAUGUUCAUAGGAGAUGGGGCGAAGCUAGUGCGGGAUGCGUUUCAGCUGGCCAAGGAGAAGUCGCCGUGCAUCAUCUUCAUCGAUGAAAUUGACGCCAUUGGCACCAAGCGCUUCGACAGUGAAGUGAGUGGGGACCGCGAGGUGCAGCGAACCAUGCUGGAGCUGCUGAGUCAGCUAGAUGGUUUCAGCAGCGACGACAGAAUCAAGGUGGUGGCAGCCACCAACCGAGCUGACAUCCUGGACCCGGCUCUCAUGCGCUCGGGGCGGCUGGACAGGAAGAUUGAGUUCCCACACCCCACUGAGGAGGCACGGGCUCGCAUCCUGCAGAUCCACUCGCGGAAAAUGAACGUUCACCCGGAUGUGAAUUUCGAGGAGCUAGCGCGGUCAACAGACGAUUUUAAUGGAGCUCAGCUCAAGGCUGUCUGUGUAGAGGCUGGCAUGCUUGCCUUGCGCCGAGACGCCACUGAGGUGACGCAUGAGGAUUUCAAUGAAGGAAUUAUUCAGGUGCAGGCCAAGAAAAAGGCUAGCCUUAACUACUACGCAUAA